AAUAAUUUUAUAGUCCACUUGUGACUUAUUUGCAAGAUCGACUGACGACUUGUGCAUGUUUUUUGAAUUGAAUAAAUAAAUAUUUCGUUUUAAAGUAGAUUAUAUUAAAUGGUAUUUACAAUUUGUCUGAAACAUUUCAGUGAAAUGUGUGUUGUGGUUCGUGUUUCUUUUUUUUUCUUUUUUUCGCAAAUAAAAUAUUUAUUUAAUCGCGCAGUACACGUAUAUAUGUUGAGUAAUCCAACAAUAAAAUUCCUUAACCUUGUUUCCCAAAGAUUUGAAAAUUUUUCGCGCGCUUCUCAUAAAGUCCUUUAUUUGAAUGUUAUGUCUUCGAAAGGAAGAAAGUAUGUUGUCUAUAUUUUCUUUUGACAACGAAAAACUACGUUUACAAAUUAUAAAUUGCUGUUCUAUAGAGAUAUCAGAAAACGAUAUAUUACCUAAAUUAAUAUGUAUAGAAUGUAUUACAAAAUUAGAAGCUUUUCACGAAUUUAGAAAAGAAUGUAAAAAAUCUGAUAAUGCAUUACGCGAAUAUUAUAAUGUGGAAUUAAAUGUUGGGUUUAAUUUAAACAGUAUUAAAAUAUAUCAGGAUAUUUAUGUACAAACGGACAUAACAAAUGCAACAUUUUUCCAAAAAAUGGAAAAGCCUUCUUUGUCCACGCAAGCUAAGAAAAUAGAAAAACAAAAUAAUUUCAAUAUGUAUUUUAAUACUAACGAUGAUCAUAAUCAAGAUGACAAUGCAAUAAUUAGCUCUAAGUAUUUAGAUCAUGCAGUUUCAAGUAGUUCUGAUAGUCAGAAUUCUUUUGAAACUAAUGAUAAGCCACAAUUACAAUAUAAGUGGACAGCAAGUAUGAGAGACUUAGAAACUGUCGGUAUAAGAAAAAGCAAUCGUUUAAAAAAUAGACAGAUUUCUACAUGUAAUCUUUGUGAAACAGAAUAUACAUCUAGAAAAGCAUUACUCGAGCAUACCAAACUUCAUAUCAAUGAAAAAAGUACCAAGCAAAAAGCCAGUAGAAUAUUUAAGUGUGAAAUAUGCAAUAUGUCAUUUAAUAAAAAACUCAAACUCAAUUUGCACUUGCGCAUACAUGGUAAAGUACCAUCUAUAAAAAAUAAAAAACAAUAUUUAUGCGAUGUUUGUAGUAAAACUUUUGUAUCUAAAUCUGGAUUACAAAGGCAUCUAAAAACUCAUAAUGAUUCCAAACCAUAUGCUUGUCAAUUUUGCAAUAAAACUUUUAUUAUACUCAGUUACAAAAAGAGACACGAAAAAACACAUAACGGCAAUAAAGAUUUUGUAUGCCAUAUUUGCAGUGCAGCAUAUGCAUCUCCUAAUGGAUUCAAGUAUCAUUUAAGACUUCAUACGGGAGAAGCUAAUUAUCCUUGUGAAGUAUGUGGUAAAUCUUUCAGAAGAAAAAGAUACUUAAAGGAACAUACUUUUACUCAUACAGGAGAGAAACCAUUUGUUUGCAAAAUAUGCGGAUCAGCUUAUGCUAAUUCUGGUACUCUUUUUGUACAUGAGAAAAAAUGCAAAUUUAGACUUACUCGUGAUAAUACUGUAUCUAUGAGGAAGGAAGAACUCAAAUGAAACUUGAAAAAGUUUUAAAUAUUACAUAAUUUCCUAAGUACCUGAAUCCUACAGUUAAUAUGUGUCUUCCAAGGUUGUUCUUUGUCUAAUUUAUCAAACAUCUAAAAUGUAUUCAAUUUAUUUAAAUUAAAAAUACUUAUAUAUAUAUACAUUUAUA